AUGUCCACUCUUCACAUUGUCAUAGUUGGAGCGGGUAUUGCUGGCCUGGCGGCUGCGAUUAGCAUUUCUCAAAAGGCCAAACAUGACAUCCUCAUUUGCGAAAGUAACCCAACACUGACCACCACUGGGGCGGGCAUCCACAUCACUUCCAGUGCUUCCCGUCUAUUGUGCAACUGGGGCUUGCGAGAGAAGUUCGAGGACAUUGCGACGGUUCCCGACUACAUGGACGUCAGGAGGUACGGCGAUGACCGACUCAUCGGUCUCGUGCCGUCAAACAUCAGAGGCCAUGCCGAGCGUGUUUGGGGGUUUCCGCACUGGCUGGUCCAUCGAAUUGACUACCGAAAGAUUCUAGCCGAUGCGGCUACGGCAGAAGGUGUCAAGAUACAAUUUGGGCAAAAGGUUGUGGCCAUAGAUGCGGAAGAAGGUCGUCCCACACUGGAGGACGGCAAGAUUCUGACGGCCGAUUUGAUUAUCGGUGCAGAUGGAAUCCAUUCAAGAACUCGACGUUCCCUUUCUGCAGUAAAGGAUGUCGUUCCUCACAGAGCAUCCUGCUAUUGCUAUCGAGCCCUCAUACCGCGAGAGAGAAUGCUCUCCAACCCUCUAACUGCCGCCUUGAUGACAAAUGAGAAUCAGUUGACUUGGAUGGGCCCCUUCAAGCACAUUGUCGCAUACCCUGUUGCCGCCGGAAGUCUCUACAACAUUACGAUAGUAAUUUCGGACGAUAGUGACGCUCCAAUCGGCCUCUACGAUGAGCCCGGCGAUGUUAUGCAGAUGCGAAAUGAUAUCAAGGACUGGAAUGAAGCGGUUACGACCAUGCUGGACAUGAUCGACAGCUGUGCGAAGUGGACGAUAGCUGACCUUCCCCCAUUGCCUACCUGGACGAGCCCGAAUGGACGUGUCAUCCUCCUUGGAGACGCAUGUCAUGCUAUGGCGCCGCAUGCAGCAUCCGGGGCUGCUACAGGGGUUGAGGAUGCCGAAAUUCUCGGUCAUUUCCUGGUCCAAUGCAAAGAUGUGAGGGACUUGGCCAGAGCUGCCAGGUCUUAUCAAGACCUUCGCCAAGGACGAUGUGAGCGGAUCCAAGAAGUGUCUCGUCAGAAUGCGAAUACUUUCUCCAUUCCCGACGGACCCGAACAACAAGCAAGGGAUCGCAUGCUUCAGUAUGGCAAAGAGGCAUUGGAGGAACAGCUGGCCGAGGACAUCCCGUGGACUAUUCCACAACCCGACGCCACGAAACCGUUUCCGCAUCCUGAUUUCCUCAUGUGGCUGUGCGGAUACGACGCCGCGAAAGAAGCAAAGACACAACUUAGAAUGAAUAGGAUCAAUCCGGUUGCCGGAACGGAGGUUCGUUUAGCUACAUAG